CCCCCCCCCGCGUCAACCUCGUCCUGCUGGCCAUGGCCGUUCAGGCGCAGCGCCUGGCCCAGCCUGUCGCUUACGACCUCCACGCGACGGCGGCGGGCGGAGGUCUGUUCUUCGAUGACCUCGGCGGCGAGUGCGCGGCCCCGGCGGUUGCCGGGAUCGGGAGCGCGGUGUUCAGCGUCAGCGACGUCCCGCGCAGCGUUCUUACCUGCAACGGAGACAUCGGCGAUUACGGCCUCGUGGGGACGAAGCGGGCGCGCGUGGCGGGGGGUUUGUUGGAGGACCAGCGCGUCGUUCUUGCGCCGCCGCAGGGGCUCUUGCCCCUCGGAGAUGUGGUGGGCAGGGCCACGUGCUCCGGCGCGGCGACCACCAGCGGGAGGAUGGACGUCGCGGAUGGAAUCUCGCAGGGCCUCCUUUCGCAGCUCUACCACCAUGACGUGGAGAUCGACGCGCUCGUACGGCUCGAGGCCGAGCGGAUGCGCGCGGGGCUGGAGGAAGCGCAGCGGCGGCACGUCCGGGCGCUGGUGGCGGCCGCGGCGCGCGCCACCACGGGGAGGGUGCGGGCAGUGGAGGCCGAGCUGGAGCGGGCGCGCUGCCGCAACGCGGAGCUGGAGGAGAGACUCCGCCAGAUGAACGCGGAGGGGCAGGCGUGGAUGGGCGUCGCCAAGAGCCACGAGGCCGUCGCCGCCGGCCUGCGCGCUACGCUCGACCAGCUCCUCCAGACCUCCUGCGCAGCCGCAGCCGCCGCCGGGGAGGGCGACGCUGAGGAUGCGCAGUCCUGCUGCUUCGAGACCCCGGUCGGCGGCGACGACGCGGUGUCCAGGGCGGCGGCGGUGGCAGCGACGUCAUGCAAGGCCUGCCGGGGCGCGGAGGCAUGCGUCCUGCUGCUCCCGUGCCGGCACCUGUGCCUGUGCGGCGCGUGCGACGCCGCCACUGACGCUUGCCCCGUUUGCGCGGCCACCAAGAACGCCUCAGUCCACGUCCUGCUCUCCUGAUGCCUGCCUGCGUGGUCGAAUCCCCUGACCUACCUCCUCCCAAGACGGUCGUCCGCUUGCUGUCGUCGCCGGCAAACAAGUCCAUGACUGUGGUGGAGAGGGAGACUCCGAUAGCGCAACAGCUGCUACUAUGUCAAUGGCAAGACUAACCGGCAUCAUCUGCAACUCCGGCGACUCUGCCUACCGGCCGUGGCACGCCACAUUGUUCUUGCAACGCCGUUCAUCCUAGCAACAAACAUCCCUGUCCUCAAGUUACAUCGAAAAUCGGCACUCACGAAGGUACAGUUUAGUUGUCCUACUUCAGUUCACCGGGCCAUGCAAUGCGAAGCUUUGUGUGUGGAACGGCAGUGUCCGGUGACUCCGGUUGAUUGCCGAUUACCGCAGGUUCGAUUGCUUCACAGAUUUGGCAGCAAGCGUCCACUCUUAUUGGACCUACAAACACAACCUACUGUCCAUAAUUGGCACCGGCGUAUGAAUGCACAAUUGACCGGUCGAUAGUUGUCCGGGGAUCAAUGAAUCAUGGACAAUAAUCCUACAUGUCUAAGGGGUGCAGCUUAAUUAUCUUCAGAGAUGUGUGAUGGAGGCCUGCUGUUCCAGAGAAGAACAUGACAGCAAGGGGUUUUACAGACUUGCAGUUCCAGAUGGAGCAAAAGUGUGAUACUAAUACCACUAUCAAUCUGCCUGAAUCAUUCAGAGUUCAGAGACCUUGUUAAGAGGGAAAUGAAAAGUGACAGGAGCUGACGAAUACUGCAAGUCUGCAAUCCAAAGCUUGAUUGCAAGAUCUGAAGUUGUGUCGGCCACCAUCUAGUAACUUCUGAACAUAAAUGGGAUGGGUCAAACUCAGCUUUGCUUGCAUGGCAGAAAGGGAUUGUAGACUUUGGUAAUGGAAUAUCGAAAUACCUUGAUCAAGGCGCAAUUAGAAAGAUUGUCUUGCAAACGUGGUCAAAUAAUUUGUGCCAAUUCACGUAGCGAUGUGUCAUCUACUCAUCUUGCCUUCAAUCUGCAAGAAUUGUUUUUCUUGCAAAGAAUGACGAUUCUUAUCUAAACUAAUCUGAUCAGGUGACACUAUGAUCUCCGAUGCAAAUUGUAUAUUCGGAGCUUUGAACAUCCGUGCCACCUCUGGGUUUCCCCUGUUUCACGUAACUUCCGUUAGGUGUUGUCUUUGAUUAGUCCAUCUUCCGUGUAUGAUUGCAUUAGUCGGCUUGAUUUUCUCGUGAAACUUGCUUAGGCAUUUUAGUAGUGUACGUGUGCACGUGAUACUCAGUAUGUGCCAUGCUGCUUCGUUCUUUAAGCUCUGAUGACUUCGUUGUAAAGGGGUUGAUGAACAAGAUAUGGAUGAGAUGAUGGUUGCUGGGUCA